GUCUUGACCUGUUUGGCCCAAGGUUACUUUACCAUUUAACGAAGGUAUUAAAGUUGUAAUGAUUUAUAUACGGAACGAGCUUGACAGUACGAAAGACUUGAGCAGACGGAAGCGCAAAAACCCAAGGAAUACGUCCACAACGUCAGGUUCCCAUGGGGAAUGGAGUCGCAACUAAUUUCACAGUUUAUGUCAAACACAAGCAGCGAUACAGAAACAGCAAUAACCUGCUUGCAAGCCAGUGGCUGGGAUUUGAAAAAUGCUAUUGAGCUCUUUCUGGAAAAUGGGGGCAAUGUUAGAACUACUUGGGAAGAAAAUGGCAACAUCCGACCAACACUCCGCAAAACUCCUGCUGUUGAUUUAGCUGACUUGAAGAAACUUUCAAGAGGAAUCUCAAGAGCAACAGACAAUGUGAAGUUGGUCUCGCGUGCCCGCUCAGAUAUUGCUCACGAGUUUGGAGAUACUGCAGUUUGCAACGUUAAUCAGUUUUUCAUCGAGACACCUGUAUGCACUUUCACUUUGCCGGAUUUGACAGUGUAUCCUGAAGAUUUCCGUACAUUUUUGGAAAAGGAUCUGAUUGAAACAUCAACCCUACAGUCUUUGGAAUCUGCUGGUAGACUUAAUUGGUGGGUUGAGCUUGGAGCAUGUCAGUCUCUGUGGCCACUUGCUACGUCUGGAGAUGGAAAUUGUUUGUUGCAUGCUGCAUCACUUGGAAUGUGGGGCUUCCACGAUAGACUGCUGACUCUGCGACGUGCUCUUCAUGGUUUCUUAUCGGGUUCUCCAUGCCGUGAAGCUUUGUAUCGACGCUGGCGAUGGCAACAGACACGUGCUAAUCUAGCUGCGGGUCUUGUAUAUACUGAGGAGGAAUGGCAACGUGAAUGGGACAGCAUAAUCAGCAUGGCUUCAACUCAGCCACGAAAGUCAAUGAAUCGCAGACGCAGUUCCAUUCUUAUGGAGCGUUCCCUGGAGGAGAUACCAGAAAAUGCAACGUAUGAAAGCCUUGAAGAAGUUCACGUACUUGCAUUAGCACACGUGCUGCGGAGACCUAUAGUUGUCAUUGCAGAUGUGAUGCUGAAGGAUAUGAAUGGAGAGGAUCUUGCCCCAAUACCAUUUGGAGGGGUCUACCUACCACUGGAGUGCCCUCCAGCAGAUUGCCAUCGUUCCCCUCUCGUACUGGCAUAUGACUCUGCUCAUUUUUCAGCUCUAGUUGUGAUGGAACGAAAUUCAGAUGUCGUUCAACCACCAGCUGCUGUGCCUCUGAUAAGUUCUGACAGACAGCUUCUUCCUAUACAAUUUGCUGUGGAUCCUGGUGAGCAGCUGGUAUGGGGUCGUGAUGAGUCCCAACCCCAUUUGGUACGAAAACUCAGUCUUGCUCCAAGAGACCAACUUGGUCUUUUGGCAGAAUAUUUGGAUGUGAGAGAACUUCCUCCAGGUCCUGAUUCACCACCAGAAUCCACCGAUGAUGGCUCUGACAUUGAGAAAAGGUUUUCUGAGAUGGCUUCUGACAGUGAUCCCAGUGAUGAAGGUGUGGCCUUUGGAGGGAAAGCAGCGAGGCAGUUUCAGACAGCAGUAGCAAAACAGUUUGGCAGCCUUAGCCGUCGAUUGAGAAAGAACUUUGGAUCACUUACGAGAGCAUCUAAAGUCAAUGCCCAAAAGAAAGACACCCCACUUAAUAAUCAGCAACAGGAGCGUGUAAUAUGUGCCCUUUUGCACACAGAAAAGAGGCAUGCUUACCAAGCAGAAAUGAUACGCAACUACUUGGCUUGUGCUCGUGCCCGAUUUGAGCUCCAGCAACAGAAGCAGUUACAACCUCGGCAGUCUUUUCAGUCUGAGGCUCAUCCUGGUUCUACGGCAGCUACUUUCACUUCUGCACCAAAUACAGGAGUAAUGUAUGGGGCUGGACGCUCCCGCUUCUAUGCAACUGAAAUGAUGCGUCCCUCAGUUGAGACUCUUCCUCAUCAAAAGGCACCUGGUGCUUGUGCGAAUGGACGUACUCUGUUCCUUGCCAAAUCGACAUUUUAUGAUGAUGAGGCGUCACAUUCUUAUGUUGCACCAUCGGAAAUAGUCAGUGGGAGACACACACAUGUGGCAACACUGACUUCUCCACAACUUCCGAAAGCCGGCCACGGAGUGGAACUGCCACAUGUUGAAAAAGCUGGCACUCCGUGUAGAAAUAAUCACUGCCAUUUCUAUGGCUCGCCAGACUCUGACCACUAUUGCUCACGAUGCUAUCGUGAGAACACAGUAACUGGUGUGAAUACAGCAGCAGUGCGCAGUCUGCAAGUACAGGAAGUCAAUCGAUAGUGCACCAUACUCACUUUUCUGUUCCUUUGCAUCCCUAAAAGGGACUACAACUAUGUGUAGCUGUACUGUAAAUAAUGUUAAUGAGCUUUAAUGAUGGUCAGUAUUCCCUGAGAAACUGCUGCAUACCAUUUCUAGAUAGCAUAUUUUUAAACAUCUAUUUUCAUAUCAUCGGAACUGUAGGCAUUUGCACCUGCAUAACUUUGAUUGUAGCCAAAGUUGUGUGCCAGAAGUUAUGGAAGAUUAAUACAUAGUUGUUGUCAGUGGCAGAUAUGGAGCCUGUCCAUGUUACUGAAGCACCUGCAGGUUUCAAAUGAGUACUGCAAUCUUGUGAUUGGUGUGUUUAUUCAAGCAUCCUCUCAGAAACCAAUUUUUGUUAUGAUGUUGACCGUAACAUCACUUUGUAAUGGCCUUAGACAGAUUUAUACUGGUAUCAUGUGCUAUGCAUAAUUUGAUACUGUAUAUUGAAAGUGAAUAUGAAAGUAUUUGUGUGUUCAGAUAAUUUUCAUUUCGUGUAUCUGUUGUUGUAUGGUAUAUAAAAGUAACAUGUCUUGGUACUCUGAGUCAGAAUGGGUUACUUCCUAAUCAACUUUUACAGAGCAGUUAUUUAGUAUCUCUCUUUUGUUUAAGGAGUUUGUGUGAAGUUGCAACUGUAAUACACUUCUUUGUAACUUGUAGCAGAUGGAAAAACUGUGCAGUGUUGUGCACUCACAUGAUUUACAUAUUCAUUACGGUUGUUGGAAGAAUUGUCCAUCACUGGGCAAAUAUAAUAUGGAUCAAAGGUAGUGUGGCAAUUUUAGUGGCCCAGAAAGUACUUCAAAGCUAUUUUUAAAAAGAAACUAUUUAAAAAAAAGCUUGUCUCUUGAUUAACCCUUAAGGCAUCUACCUACCUUAUUGCAACUUAACAGGGUAUUGUUAUGCUCUUUAACCUAAAAUAUAUUUUAAGAAGACAUGUGCCUGGAGAGCUUCUUAUUGUGAUAAAAUAGGUUAUUUUGAAUAUCCAUAUACACAGUUUUGUUCCUUUUAAAUCUUGUUUGAAUAUUAGAACAUUAGGAUAAAUGUUAGCAUUUGUACCUGAGUGGUGUUUACACCUGCCACAUGUCAGGUGAUAUAAAUUUUUCUUGUUUUUAUUGUAAAGGACCAUUCAGUCCUUUGUGCUGUUCCAAGCAAGGAAAAUUUGAAUGUUUUAGUGACUUAGUCCUAAUUUUUAUUAUAAAUUCUCAUUCACUGAUAGUAUCAGGCUUUUAAAUGUUGAUUAUAAAGCUUGAUUUUGUGUUGUUGAACUUUUUAGUUAUUCUGAAUAGUAAAGAAAUAUGCAGUAAGUGGCAAUCAUACUGCUUUUGUUAUCUAAGUAGUGAAGAACAUUAGUUUAGCAUUAGUACAAUGUCAGAUGCUCUGGGUAUUUUUACAAGUGUUUUAAUACUUUUCUACUUAAUGUUUAGCUGUAAAAAAAAAUUUGAUUUUAUAUUUGUAAUGUAUGUAAUGAAACAUGUGAAUUUAAUCUGUGAUAAGACAAUGAGCACUACACAAUAAGCUUUCAAAAUGUUGCAUGUAAUUAAGUAUUAAUAGGAACCUCAACCUGAGGGUAUUGUCCUUGCCAUUGGACAUUUGCUUGAAAAUGAACCAAUCUGUUUUGUAUUGUGUAACUGUCUUCCAGUUUUAAAUAUUGAAAACAAUUUGUUGUGUUUUACUUGGAGAAUGUAUUAUGAUGUGUUUACAACAAGUGUCCUGACAAUAUAAAUUCCAAAACUGACCAUAGCCAUAGCUAAAGAUAUGAGAUCUCCUCAGCACACAACUGGAAUUAGUAUUAAGAUGAUCUCAAAAGAAAAUUACACACACAGUUUAAGAUUUAAGAGACUAUUAAAAGUAGUUGCUGUUAAUUUUUAAAGUGUACCCUGAUUAUGUAUCAUGCUGACAGUUUCUUAAGGGCUAUAUUGAGAAGUGUAAUUUCUGGAAGACAACUGCAACAGAUACCAUUCAAUCAUGAAUGUUCCAAUUGUAUGUAUAGCACUGAUUUAUUGGAAUGGACAAGGAAUUUUGAAGAAUGUGGGCAGCAGAAAUGGGACUGAAAUGAAGUGUAUCCCAUAGCAAUAACUGGCUGUGGCAGCUGAGGAUGCUGUAGUCGUUUUCUUUUCUUCCCUGUAGAAUUCCCUCUGAUCAACUUCAAAUAUCAGAUGUUGUGCAAUUGUGUACUUUCUAUACACCUUAAGAAAGUUUUGGCCUCUAGGUAUUAAUUGUUUUUAUAGGUUUUGAUGGAAUUUAAUUCAAAUUUGAUCCUGGCUUGUGUAUGAUUCUACAAAUUUGUGAAGUUAUUGUGGGCUUUUUCUCCACUUCUUGUGUCAUUUAUUAAGUGUUCUUUCUUUGUUGUUUAGCUUUCUUCAAAAGGAGAUGUCCACCCCUCUUUUCCUAUUGUGUGUGUAUGAAGUGUUUCUUUCUCUUUUGGGAAAGCAGAGAAACAGCUUCAGAAAGUGGGGUUAUGUUUAGGGGCAAAGAGUGGACCGGGGGGGGGGGGGGGGAUGUUUGUGCUUUCAGUCAAUGAAUAGAGUGCUGUUUCAUGCAAGAUGAUACAAUAAUCUUAGGUGUUAUAAGCAUUUAAUGUAACUUCAACAUGCACAUAUUAAUGUAGUUUCAGCAUGUUUAUAUUCAUACCAGUAAUAGAUGUCUCAGCUGCAAUUUAUUACCAGUACGUGAGCAAGCUUGAUUGACAUUGCUUCUAAAUCAGUUAUCAUUAACAGUAAUACAAGUUAUAUAACUCGAGUGCCUUCAUCUAUUUUUCUGACAGUUGCUUUUUUAAGUUUGAAAAACUUUUGGAAAGUAAGUCAUUGUUAAUUUAUAAUAUGGAUAGUAGAUAAUUAAGUGGUUGUGAAGCAUUGUGCAAUUUAAUGUAUCAGCUUCAUGCAAGUUCCUGUGAAAGGCUGAUUUAUUUCAGACAGGAAGAAAUGUUUCUUUAAGAACUCUGGUCUGUGAUUCUUGAUAUGUAUUUCACUGAAUGCAGUAAUCAGUGAGUUCUCAAACUAGAAAAUGUGUUCUGUAUUUGGAAUUCCGAGCCACAUAUAAGUUUUCUAUUUCACUUGCUAUAGAGGUACACAACUUUAAUCCUGGUGUGUGUGUGUGGUUUUUUCCUAGCUCCAUCCCAUCACUUGUUAACAAACCACCUUACAUGGAACACUCCUACUCAUUAUCAAGACAGUUAAUAAAUUUAUUUUUUGGAAUGAUAUACAGAAUUCUCAUUGAGUGCUUCCCACAUUUAUUUCACAAUUGAUGAUUGGAGGAUUGUCAGUGUGCAUUGUCCAGUCUUUUUGAUCCAUCAUGGAACAGAAACCACUGUCUGCAGCUUCUUUAUUGUCCAUGGUAAUCUUUACUUUGUAUGUAGCCUAGUAUGGCUAGUGACUUGGUUUUCUGAAUAAGUAUAGGUUUGGUAUUAGUUUUAUAUAGCUGCCCUUCUGAGUCUUUUUUUAUCCUUGUUACUGAAUCUAAUAAUGCCUACUUAUGACAUUUGCCCCUCAGCCAACCCAAGUAAAAUGUUUGUCUAUUCUGCAUGAAUAUUUUUACCAACACUACCAGUCUUUGUAUGCCACCAUCAGGGGGCAUAGUUUUAAAUCUUUGAAGGACUCUUUCAUCUAUCAGGGGAAUGUGGGGCUCAAACCAGACUCUUUUUAAGUUUCAUGGUUGAUGUUCUAGAAAUUGUGAGCCACAUAAGCUUUCCUUGUGGCCCAGAUAACAGUUUUUCUACUGACACCUCUUUUUACAAGUGUUAACUUUGUAGAGCAUUAGCCGAGACGCUGAGAUUCUUGCUAGUGUGGCAGAAACUGUGCUGCACAGAACAACUAGGAAUAAAAACCUAAGGGGAAUUUCUGCACUACCGACUGAGUUGUAACAAAGAGCAGUUGGCAUACUGAAGAACUGUCCUGAAAAGUUAUGUCUGGGUUUGAGUCAUAUGUGACACAUUGUUUUAAUCUGCCAAGAUGGUUAACAGUUUGAGGCCCAAUCAUUUGCACCUGUAAUAAAUUUCUGUUUUCAUACCCAAGAAAAUUUAAGUUCAUGUGCCUUUUAUUGCAAUAAAGAACUACAUGUUGAAGUCAACAAUAAAA